AUUGUUUUGGACAGCUGUUAGAGUAAUCCUGAUAAGAUAGACAAUGUCGAGCAUCUACAGCAGAUGGAAAACUCCUUGAAGGAAUCACUUAACCAGAUUCUCUUACACAAGGAUAAUAUCGGAAAACACCAACUUCUGUCUCUAGACUGCAGUAACCAGUUCCAGAAUGGGAUGCAUAUGCCGUUAAUGAUGGGUGGUAUACAAGAAUGUCAGCCAUUAUCAUGGCUUUCGAGUAAUGAGAAUAAACAAAUGUUGUUGUCUGAAGAGCCAAACUUUUUGUCUCACAGGUCUACACUCCGAGGAUUGCGCCUUAUGCGAGGAAUUUGAUGUGGUUCGUGAGCAAUGGGCUAAGUUUUUUACCAGCAAGUAUUUAUUAUUGGCUUUAGCGCGCUUGAUCGAGUUGGUUUAGUUGUUA